AUGGUGCAGGAAUGCAACGGGGAAGAAAAGUCACAGAGAUCCCGCAGGAGGAGGGGCUCCAAACCUAUCUCAGGGUGCUCAGAGGAGGAAAGACCCACCCAGUGCCAGGAAGGUGAACAGAGCUUUAGCCAGGGCUCUGAGCUGGUGGUCCAUGAGCACCUUCAUGAUGGGGAGAAGCCCCACAAGAAGGGCUUCAAGAACAACUCCCACCUCGUCACCCACCAGCGCAUCCACACCGGAGAGAGGCCCUGGAAGGCGCAGCAGGCCCUCCAGGAGCAGUACCGCCUGGGUUCGCUGCUGGGCCACGGCGGCUUCGGCAGCGUCUGGGCGGCCACACGGCUCUCAGACCGUGCCGCGGUGGCCAUCAAAAGGGUGCCACGGAACCGUGUCCGGCAUUGGGGUGAGCUGCCCAACGGCACCAGCGCACCACUGGAGAUCGUGCUGCUGCACAAGGUCUCCACUGGCUUCCCUGGUGUCGUCCAGCUGCUGGAGUGGCUGGAGCUCCCCAAAGACAUCAUUAUCAUCAUGGAGCGCCCGGAGCGUUCUCAGGACCUCCAGCACUUCAUUCGGGCACGGCGGUUCCUGUGCGAGGAGGUGGCGCGGGAGCUGUUCCGCCAGGUGCUGGAGGCCGUGCGGCACUGCACCAGCUGCGGGGUCCUGCACCGCGACCUCAAGCCAGAGAACAUCCUGCUUGACCUGGCCACCGGGCAGGCCAAAUUGAUCGAUUUUGGCUGUGGCACCUACCUACAAGACACAGCCUAUACUCACUUUGCAGGAACACCGUCAUACAGUCCCCCGGAAUGGAACCAGUUUGGCUGGUACUAUGGACAGCCAGCUACCGUCUGGUCCCUGGGCAUCCUGCUGCACCAGAUGGUGUGUGGGGAGCACCCUUUCAGGAGGGGCCACAAGAUCAGCUGGGACCAUCAGCUCUCGCUGCCACCACGGCUCUCUCAAGAGUGCCAAGAUGUCAUCCGGCGGUGUUUAUCCAUGCUGCAUGUGGACCGGCCUUCAGUAGAAGACCUGUUCAGUCAUCCCUGGAUGCAGGAUAGUCAUCUGCCAUAG